GCUGCUCUCAUGCUGGCUCCUUUUUAUUUUCUUUCUCCGCCAGGUGUUUGGCUGCGGUUGUCACCGUGAGGUCGGACGAGGGGAUCCUGGUUUCGUAGUAGUUAGUUAUUUAGCUAUUAUAACUAACUAAAUGGCGCCGGUGGACGAGAAUCAGCAUAUAGAAGUAGACGAGGCCGCAGAGAUGGAGGACGAGGCCUACGCGGAAAACGACGAGUCGACGCUGUCAACCUCGCUGUCGUCCAGCAUUCUCGCAUACCGCAUGGAGAACGGCCGGCGAUAUCAUGCAUACAAGGCCGGCAGCUAUCCGUUUCCCAACGAUGAAUUAGAGAACGACCGGCUGGACAUGCAGCAUGCGGUCUUCCUCAGGUCGCUGGAUGGCAGGCUGUGUCUAUGUCCAAUCAAAGAAGAUAUCCAGAAUGUGCUGGACGUUGGCACUGGAACCGGCGUCUGGGCCCUUGACUUUGCCGAUGAGCAUCCCUCUGCACAGAUCGUCGGUACAGACCUGUCGCCGAUCCAGCCGAGUCUGGUCCCUCCAAAUCUCAGCUUCCUGAUAGACGACGCAGAAGCAGAGUGGCAGUUCCAUCAAAAAUUCGACCUGGUCCACGGCCGGAUGAUGACCGGCUCCCUCAAGGACUGGGACCGCUUCUAUACCCAAUGCUACGACAACAUUACACCGGGCGGAUAUGUUGAGAUGCAAGACAUCUGUCUCCCGCUAAAAGCCGACGACGGCACACUAACCUCAGACCACGCCCUGGACAAAUGGUCGCGGCUAUGUCUGGAAGCCUGCGAGAAGCUCGAGAGGCCGCUGGACGUGGCGAAGAGUCACAAGCGGCGCAUGGAGGCAGCUGGCUUCGUGGACGUGGUGGAGGUAGUGCACAAAUGGCCGCAGAACUCAUGGGCAAAGGACCCAAAGCUGAAGGAGAUCGGCAACUGGACGAUGACGAAUAUGCUGGAGGGUCUACAGGCGCUGACCGUAGGGCCGUUUACGAGAGGGCUGGGCUGGAGUUUGGAGCAGGUCGAGGCGUUUUUGAUAGACGUGCGGAAUGACGUCAAGAACAGGAAAUUGCAUGUUUACUGGCCGAUGUAAGUCUCUUGUGCAUUUCUAGAGGACUGGAUCUGAUGCUAAUGGCUGCAGGUACUUUGUAUACGGCCGCAAGCCGGAGAGUGACAUGAAGAGAUAAUUCUAAUGAGCUGGAGUUCU